AUGGCCACCAACUACACCGAUGACAUCGGCCCUGUGGCAUACCCAUUAAAAAUGGUAUCACAGGAGGUCGUUGAACACAUGCUAGGCUGGAACAUUCCAGAAGAACAUCAGGGCCUGGUGCACGAGCACUGGCGAAACUUUCCUGUCGUCAGCAAAUACUGGCACUUCAGCUUAGCCUUUAUCUACACCAUUCUUAUGACGGCUUCGUUAUUAGGAAACGGCAUCGUUAUAUGGAUUUUUAGCACUUCAAAAUCACUACGCAGUGCAAGCAACAUGUUCGUCAUCAACCUAGCAGUAUUCGACCUUAUUAUGAUGUUAGAAAUGCCGUUGCUCAUCAUUAACUCGUUCUAUCAACGUCCACUGGGCUACGAGUUCGGCUGCGACGUAUAUGCAGCUCUGGGAUCGAUAUCGGGCAUGGGUGGCGCUAUGGCAAACGCCAUUAUUGCCUUUGAUAGAUACAAGACAAUUUCAAGCCCAUUAGACGGAAGAUUAAACCGAGUGCAAGCGUCUAUCCUAAUCUUGCUCUCUUGGCUGUGGGCUUUACCGUUCACCGUCUUGCCUUUCUUCAAAGUCUGGGGACGAUUUGUACCAGAGGGCUUCCUCACCACGUGCUCCUUCGACUACUUCACGGAAGACCAGGACACCAGAGUGUUCGUGAUGUGCACUUGCGUCUGGAGCUAUUUCCUCCCCAUGACCUUCAUUUGCUUCUUCUACUCCAAACUAUUCAGCGCCGUACGUCUGCACGAACGCAUGCUGAAAGAACAAGCCAAGAAAAUGAACGUCAAAUCUCUGGCUGCGAACAAAGAUGAUGCGGGCAAGAGUGUUGAAAUUAGAAUCGCGAAGGUUGCCUUCACAAUCUUCUUCCUGUUCAUCUGCUCGUGGACUCCAUACGCCUUCGUCACGUUGACUGGCGCUUUUGGAGACAGGAGUCUGCUAACACCAGUAGCGACCAUGGUGCCAGCUGUUUGUGCGAAAGUCGUAUCUUGCAUCGACCCAUGGGUCUACGCCAUCAACCACCCAAGAUACAGAGCCGAGCUGCAGAAGCGAGUACCAUGGAUGGGAGUCCGGGAAGCGGACCCAGACAGCGUGUCACAAUCCAGCGGCGCGACCGCACAGACGCAGAACCCCACGGCCGAGGCUUGAAGAGAUUAAACCGAACCUUCACGAAUAAACAAUGCUAACGAUUUCUAUUAACUCAUCACUCCUUUUUUAAAAACGGAAUCUAUCGGUACUAGCGUGACAUUUUAUUUUUAUUUUUUUAUUUUUCAAAAUAAGUCAUGGUCAAGUUUCAACUUCGCGGAAAAUUUGAGUCGUCUGUAAAUUUCGUUUUUUUAAAAGCAAUGAUGAGAGCGCGAUAUUCGGACAACGCUUUUUUAUAUUAAAAAUUUUCGUAAGAUAAAACGUGGUUAAACAUGAUAAACGUUUUUACACUGUAUUAUUUAUCGUGUAUAUUUUUCUAGUUGUUUUAAGGUAACGAUUUUUUAGUUUAAUUGAUUAGUAUCUUGUGGAAAAGCGUUCUAUUUUACAUUUUUUGUUGCAUAAAAGCAAUUUAAAAAUUAUAAAAAAAAUCGGAUAGAUCCCAACGACUCGAGCGAACUUAUUUGACGAAUAAAUAAAUUUAUUGUA